UAUCUACAUUGACCAAUAUGUAUGGCUGUCAACGUGAAAAAGAAAUUGUUUUAGCUGACUUUAACGACAUUGAAGUACAUAGAAAUUAAUAAGAUUAAUCAAUUGAUCACUUAUUGGAAGUGAAUCAGAAUUCUUCUAUUAUUCAAUAAUAUAUUUUUUAAAUAUAUUUUCAAAUAUACGCUUUUAAAUUAUAGUGUAAUUUUUACAUCGGUGUAUAUAGUGCGUAAGCAAUUGGUAAUCACGUUGAAUCAUUAGAAACAAUUGUCAAUCUAAAUUGAUUAGACAAGAUUUAUCAUUAUGUGCGCGAAAAUGGCUUUUCAGCAUCAAGCUGGCACCGCUAUGGAAUGCUUAAGUAUACCAAUUAUAUUGGUAAAAGAAACAGAUGUAAAUGAAAAUGGAGAAGAAGUGAUGAAAUGUGGCUUCAAAAUUGGAGGUGGCAUUGAUCAAGAUUUUAGAAAAAGUCCUCAGGGUUAUACUGAUAAUGGUAUAUAUGUAACUGAAGUUCACGAAGGAUCCCCAGCAGCAAAAAGUGGUCUUCGUAUGCAUGAUAAAAUUUUACAAUGUAAUGGAUAUGAUUUUACUAUGGUAACUCAUAAAAAAGCAGUAUCAUAUAUCAGGAAGCAUCCAGUAUUAAAUCUAUUAGUGGCUCGUAAAGGAGUAACAAGUACUUAAAUACCAAG